GUCCUCUGGUUUCUCCUAUCUGGCGACCCGUCGCCAUUAGUGCAUGUUGAUUAUUACGGACCUCAUUUUUAGGCAAAAUUUGCCACAUUGGGUCUUUUUCCAGUUUCCGGGAAACAUUUAGCGCCUUGUUAAAGGCGCACUGUUUUCCUUAGCGUGCAAAACCCCGACAUUUAAGGGGGUUUUGGCCCCGUUUUGCGAGCUUUCCUCCUCUCCUUCGCCAGGCUUUCCUAUCUGAGACGCCAUAACCGUGUCUCUGUAUUUUUCUCUGGUUUGUUUUGUUGUGAAGAUGUCGCCGUGAUGGAGUCUCCGCGUUUGACAGCAAUGAAUCAGGGCCUUCGCCGCCUGACCCGCACUUACUGCAACCCGUUGUUGUCCUCCGUUUCCCCGUUUUGUGCCAGAGAGCUCGGCGGCUCUCUGCCAGACGCUCGGCCUGAUCAGCGCUCACUGCACGGAGACAAACAUGGAGAAAAACCCCAACAGCAGCACCAACACCAAGGCUCCGCCCCGUUCCAGCUCCACAGGCCCGCCGCCGGGAGAAUCUAAACCCAAAGCAGAAGGUAAAAACAAUGGAGGCUCCAAGCGCUACAACCGGAAGCGGGAGCCCUCCUUCCCCAAAGCGGAGAGCUUCCCUGGCCCUCGCCGCACCAAUUCACAGAAAAGCAAGAAUUUCGACAAGAGACCCCCCCAGAGAGGAGGAGGCAGACAGUAUGGAGUCACAGGCGGAGGACGCCGUGAGGAGGUAGCAGAGACCCGCCGGGCCGAGUUCAGCCCGGCUCAGUUUGCUGGACCCAAAAAGAUCAGCCUGAAUCACCUGCUGAACUUCACCUUCGAGCCCCGCGGAGGAACCGACGGCGUCGGAGACGGCGGCCAUUCUUACUGGGGCCGCAGAAACAAGUGGGGCCACAAGAACAAGCCGUUCAACAAGGAGCUGUUCCUCCAGGCAAACUGCCAGUUUGUGGUGACGGACGACCAGGACUACAAGGCCCACUUCACCGAUCCAGACACUCUGGUCAACUGGGACUGCGUGCAGCAGGUGCGCAUCUACAGCCACGAGGUGCCGUCCUGCCCCAUCUGCCUCUACCCGCCGGUGGCGGCUCGCAUCACGCGCUGCGGACACAUCUUCUGCUGGCCCUGCAUGCUUCACUACCUGUCCCUCAGCGACAAGACCUGGUCCAAGUGUCCCAUCUGCUACGAGGCUGUCCACACCGCCGACCUCAAGAGUGUGGUCGCUAUGGAAACCAAGCAAUAUGCAGUUGGGGAUGAGGUCACCAUGCGUCUGAUGAGGAGAGAGAAGGGAGCGCUGGUGGCCAUGCCGAGCCGCCAGUGGGUGAAGGUGGAGGAGCCGGUUCGCUUUGGAGACGCUGCUCUCAGUCCGUACUCCAAGCUGCUGCUGACGUCUCCUUCCCAGGCCUUAAAUCUGGUCUCGGAGGAGAAGGGCAUCCUGCAGGCCCAGCUGAGCCUGGAGGAGGAGUCUGAAGGCUGCUUCAUCCAGAGCGCCCUCUGUCUGCUGCAGGAGCAGGAGGAAACGCUGCUGAAGCAGCAGGGGGUGAAACCAGACGACCCCGACCUGUCCCCUCUGACGCCGACGGCUCCUCCGUCCCCAGUGGACGAGGUGGUGAUUACCGCCGUCAGUGCCAAGCCCGUGCUGCAGUAUUCCUCAGCUUUCGAUGACGAGGUGGAGGAGGAAAAGGAGGAGACUGAUGACAAGGAGGACAUGGCCGCCGAGCCGCCGGGACCCCCUGAUGCCGUCCUGGAGAGCGUCCAGGAGGAGCCCCAGGCGGAGGAGGAGAGCCCGGCCAAGCAAGCGGAGCCGAGCCGUUCCUCUGCUGUGGUAGUGAACGGACCGUACUACUACUUCUACCAAGCCGUCGACUGCCAGCAGAUGUUCCUGCAUCCCGUGAACGUGCGCUGCCUCCUGCGGGAGUACGGCAGCCUGGAGGCCUGCCCCGACUCCAUCACCGCCACGGUGGUGGAGAUCGUAGGACACACCGUCACCGAGGAGAUCCGCCGCCGGCACCGCUACCUGGCUCACCUGCCGCUCACCUGCGAGUUCAGCAUCUGCGAGCUGGCCCUGCAGCCGCCCGUCCUGUCCAGAGAGACCCUGGACACGUUCGCAGACGACUUGGAGAAGAGGAGGCGUCUGAGGCAGAAGAAGGCGAGGGAGGAGAAGCGCCGCGAGAGGAGGAUAGAAAUAGAGGAGAACAGGAAGCAGGGCAGAUAUCCGGAGGUCCACAUCGGACUGGAGAACCUUCAUCACUUCCCAGCCUUUGGUUCUCCUCCGCUCUACGGCAGCCCGCCGGCGCAGACGGACAUUUCUCUAGCCCCUCCAUCCCCCCUCAGCAGCAGCCCCACCUCUGACGGGCUGAGGUUCCCGAGCCUCAGCGUGAGCCAGCCUCCUGUGGGGAGCCUGGAGGACGAGUCGCUCUGCAUGUCCUUCGCUCAGAUGCUGAGGGAUGGGAAAGCCAGAGCUGAUGCUGGACCCCGGACCGCCUCAAAGAAAGAGCAUCUGCUGGCCCCCCCGGCAGCAGACAGCGACGGUGAGAGCGACGGGUCUGAUCGGGUUCCUGUGCCCAGCUUCCAGAACUCCUUCAGCCAGGCUUUUGAGAAGGCCCUCCUGCAGCUGGACAGCGGCCCUGCUGCCCCCCCCCAGCCUGCAGUGGAACCAGACGAGAAAGGAGGAAAGAAGAAGAAGAAGAAGCAGAAACUGCUGUUCAGUACAUCCAUGGUUCACACCAAGUAGAACACAGCUUGCUAGAUUUGUUUUGUCCCCUUCCAGCUUUCAGAGUGGGUUCCACCGUGAAGCCAAAGGUCCCGCAUCCUCAGACCGAUGAUGCGCAUCAUUCAGGGUCACCUGCAGACCCGAUGCCACGUUAACCACUAACAUAGAUCCAGCUUCUUCGUCUCCUCCAUGACUCCGCCCACAGCUUCCAGGACGCAUUAACAGCUGAAGGUGCUUCAUACCACAGUAGCAGUCAGCCAGCUGCAUGUGUGAUGCACCUGAAAUCAUUCUGACAAUCUACGUCACUAAUAAACCUUCAUGCUUAGCUGGAGCUGUUAGCAUUUUACUGAUCGCUAGACAUCUAGCCCCGCCAUGAGAAAUCUAUUAUUUCACCUCAGAAAACAGUAUUGUCGACUAAAAAAAACGUUCUGGUUGCUCUCUGAAACAUCUUAAACAUGCACUUUCUUUCAUUCAGCUAAUCACGCUUUAUUUUCUGAUUGGGAAUGUUUACUUUGACUUUAUCCCCAGUUUGUUGGUUUUUGGCCCUUUUUUCUUUUUGAGUGUUUUAGGUUGUGUGGAGCUGGAGGUUGAACUCUUGCUUUGAAACGUAAAGAAAAAAAGUGGAUUGGAUAUUUUAGUUUGAGGGUUCUUCAAUUCACUUGUAUUUUUGAGCAGGUUUAUGGGCUGAUGGCAUAAUUAGUAUGUUGAAACAAAUAAAGAUUUAUGCACAAA